AUGCCAAAAGAACAUGAAAAAAAACGACAACUAAAUGAACUACAUGAUAAUAGAAAUAAUAAACGUCAACAAUCAAAUAAUGAACAAAUUUUAAAUCUUCAAAAAUGUUUAAUAUGUAAUCGUCAUUUUACUCAAAAUCGUCUUAUUGAACAUGAACGAGCUUGUAAAGAAUCAAAAAAACUUCAUUUAAAUUCUUUACAUCGCUAUCAUUAUGAUAGUCAAUUACAUCGAUGGAAAGGUCUUGAUUAUGGUAUUAGUACAACUCAAUUAAAUUCUAAACAUAAAGAACUUCAAUCUUUGACUAAACAUUUUCUACAAACUCAUUGGAGAGAAAAACAUCAACAAUUUCAAAAUGUUGUCAAAGGACAAUAUAAUCAUCCAGCAGAUGAUUUAAUUCAAUCGUCAAACGAUCGUCCAUAUCAAUGUUCUCUAUGUCAAAGAAAGUUUGCUACUGAAAAUGCCAUAACUAAACAUCAAAAAGGUUGUACAGGCAAUCGACAGAUAGGUGUACAAAGUCGCAAUAUAAGAAAUAAAAAUGUUAAAUAUUAA